AUGACAAAAACAGACCUGUCCUCGUUCGAGCGGGCCAACGAGGCGGUUUCUUAUCUCAGAACCAAGUUGCCAGAGGCCCUGCAAAAGCCUCACGUCGCAAUUGUAUGUGGCUCAGGGCUAGGAGGGCUUGCAGAUACUAUUCAGCCCGAGUCGCGUGUUGAAUUUGACUAUGCAUCUAUCCCCCACUUCCCUCGCUCAACAGUCGUUGGACAUGCUGGAAAGCUGGUUUUCGGUCUUCUUGGCCAGAAAAUCCCUGCAGUGUUGAUGGUUGGCCGUGCUCAUUACUACGAGGGGCACUCGAUUGAUCAGGUAUCAUUCCCAAUUCGAGUGUUCAAGCAGCUACAAGUGAAUACGGUUGUCUUGACCAAUGCGGCCGGUGGUUUGAAUUCUGAGUAUUCUGUGGGGGAUAUCGUUCUGUUGAAUGAUGUAGGAGAAACCCCCGUUGAAGCUACCGAGUGGAGUGAUUCUAACACCGGUUUACAGCAUCUCUUCCUCGCCGGUCUGGCAGGAACCCAUCCAUUGAGAGGACCCAAUGAAGAUGAAUUUGGAGUGCGAUUCCCACCGCUAUCUGACGCCUAUGACCUUGAGCUCCGUCGUCAUGUGCAUCAGUCAUGGAAGAAAGUCAUUUCCCCCGAAACCAAGAGAAAAUUGCACGAGGGGGUAUAUGCAUUCUGCGGAGGUCCCACCUACGAGACAAGAGCUGAAAGCCGGAUGCUUCGAAUGCUCGGUGCCGACGUGGUUGGAAUGUCCACUGUACCGGAGAUCGUCACUGCUAGACACUGUGGCUUGCGAGUGCUCGCCUUCAGUUUGGUCACGAACAAGGUCGUAUUGUCCCCCGUGCCUCGAGGAGAUGAUGAUUUGCUCCAAAACAAGGCAGCAGGCGAACUCAGCGCCCUUCUAGAGGAGGGCAUGGCAGGACAUGAAGAGGUCCUCGAAGCUGGCCGCGAGGCAGCUAUUGACAUGCAGAGACUGGUUGUCGAAACCCUUGUGGAUGUCUUUGAUCGCGAUUAA